AGAUUCAUCUUUGUCAUAUAAGUGUUCCAUCGUUGGCAUGACCUGCCCGCUGUCUCAUCCCUCUGACUUCAUCCAGUUCCUGCACUUUCUUUUCUUUCUAUUCUCUAUUUUCCUUUCUCUCUUAUUUUGCAACUUACCCCGGCUAGAGUCUUGGCUUGUCCAUGGUUCUCCUCUGUCUGCAGAAUGCGUGAUGUCCAAACUGUAAACCUACAAUGGAAUGAGCCAGGUGAUGAUUUAUACCCGCGUAGCAUUUAUCUAAAACCUGACAGAAGCACACCCGAGAACUGGAGCACUCGCGCAAGCAA